UCAAACGGCCCCAAAAUUCGUCUCUGUCAUCUGCAUUCCGCGAACCCUAGGACGAUGGAAGACCUAGACGACGACCCGUUUCCCGACCACAAGCUCUGCGCUUUCUUGUGUGCGGUUCUCGCAAUGGCCCCUAUCUCCGACGAAGGCGGUGAUCUCUGCGAAAUCCUUCCUCUCGGCGCUCGCUGUCACCUCCUCGGUGGCGGUUCUUCUGAGGUCGGAUUCCGCUCCGAGAAUGGCGUCGUUCUGUCCCUGGUAAAUGCAGGGAAGAAUUCGGAGAGUGGGAGAGAGAGCGUGUGUUGGAGGAAGAAGAAGUGGAGGGGAGUUGGGGGAGUGGUGCAUGGGAGUGUGAGCGUGGUUCGUCAGCUUCAUGCUUUGGUGCAGCACAAGUGCUUGAAGGUAGUUGCGAAGGUAUUGAGAGUUCUGGAGAAUGAUGAGAAUUGCGGGGAUGCGAGGGUUGUGUUGCUCGUCGAUGUGCAUUUGCCUAUUGCCCUGUGGUCCGGGUGGCAGUUCCCGAAAUCUGCCUCUGUCGCUGCUGCUGCUCUGUUUCGCCAUUUGAGUUGUGACUGGGAGAGGAGAAGUUCAAUGCUUAAUAGUAACGGAAAUGUUUGCAAAUCUGAUGAUGAAUAUGUUAAGUGCAUUUGGAACCUUUCUGAUUGUCAUGCGCUUGGAUGUAAACUGCAAUGCAGUGUUCCUGAUGCUUCUAAGAGAAAACUAUUUGAACUUCAUGAAAUUUUUAAGAGCUUACCUGGGGUAGGUGGUAAAGCAAAUUCUGAUUCUUCAAGAGUGAGUCCAGCUGCUACUGCUAGUGGAUCCGGUAUUUGGGAAGUGUCAGAUGAUGUGCUGAUUAAAAUUCUGAAUGUUCUUUGUCCCAUCGACCUUGCCAGGGUUUCAGCCACAUGCCGCCAUCUAAGAUUUUUAGCAGCAUCAGUUAUGCCAUGUAUGAAACUUAAGCUUUUUCCUCAUCAGCAGGCGGCAAUUGAGUGGAUGUUACAGCGUGAACAGGAUCCUGAACUGUUAUCACAUCCUUUCUACAGAGAUUUCCUAACUGACGAUGGUUUUGGUUUUUAUAUAAAUACAGUUUCUGGUGAAAUAGUGACAGGAUCAAUUCCCACAGUCAGAGAUUUCCGUGGUGGAAUGUUCUGUGAUGAACCUGGAUUAGGUAAGACCAUAACUGCACUUUCCCUUAUUCUGAAGACUCAAGGAACAAUAGCACAGCCCCCUGAUGGAGUGGAAGUAGUUUGGUGCAUGCAUAAUGCUGAUAAGAAAUGUGGUUAUUACGAGCUUAGUGGUAAUAAUGUUGCCACUGGUGAUAACACAUUAUCAAAUAAAAGGGUUGUGGGUCAUCAUGCUCGAAGGGUACACUUCUCAUUUGAUAAAUUUACUUUGAGGGAGAAUAUGACAUGCUCGUCCCUAGAGAGAGUCAAGUUUUUGGAUCCUGUUGUGCCUAUUUCGGGGUCUACUGAUCUAGGAAAUAAUUCACCUGCCGCUGCCUGCAGUACACCAGCAACACAGGUAGUUAGAUGCACGAGGAGCUUAAGUCGCAUUAGAAGAAAUCUUGUAAAUAGGUAUGAAUUGGCUUCUGACUUAUCUAAAGAAUGGAAUGUUAGAAAAAAAUCAAGUAAAAGAAAGCAUGCUUUGAAUGGCACAAGAGCUCUAGACAAGUCUCCUGCUCUACCAUUUGAAUUGGCACAUGACAGCAAGAGGCCCAGGAAGUCCACUGCAGAUCAUUCUGAAUACAAUCAAACUUGGGUACAGUGUGAUGCUUGUCACAAGUGGCGGAAACUUGCUGAUGCAAGCAUGGCAGAUACUGCCACAGCAUGGUUUUGUAGUAUGAACACUGAUCCAUUACAUCAGAGUUGCAGUGUUCCAGAAGAAUCAUGGGAUCAUCAUCAGUCCAUUACGUACUUACCAGGUUUUCACACCAAAGGAACUCCUGGAGGAAUGGAGGAAAAUGUGUCUUUUUUCACCAGUGUGCUUAAGGAGCAUUAUGCAUUGAUUAAUUCUGAAACAAAGAAGGCCUUGACUUGGUUGGCUAAACUUUCAGCGGACAAACUUUCAGGAAUGGAAACAAUUGGUUUGGUGCAUCCUCUCUUGGACACUAGAGUGGUUUCUAGAGGAGAUGAACAUGAAUAUCAUAAAAUAUUUCAGGCAUUUGGCCUAGUGAAGAGGGUAGAAAAGGGUACUACCAGGUGGUACUACCCAAGAAUUAUUGAAAACUUAGUUUUUGAUUUGGCUGCUUUUCGAGUUGCUCUUUGUAAGCCUUUGGAUUCAUUAAGGUUAUAUUUGUCAAGGGCAACUCUUGUAGUUGUACCAUCAAAUCUAGUGGAUCACUGGAAAACCCAAAUCCAGAAGCAUGUUAGGCCAGGUCAACUGCGUGUUUACAUCUGGACUGAUCACAAAAAGCCUUGUGCUCAUAGUCUGGCUUGGGACUAUGAUAUUGUUCUAACAACCUUUACUCGUUUAAGUGCUGAGUGGAGUCCCCGUAAAAGAAGCAUAUUGAUGCAAGUUCAUUGGCAUAGAGUCAUGCUGGAUGAAGGGCAUACCCUUGGAGCAAGUCUUAACUUGACAAAUAAAUUGCAAAUGGCUAUUUCAUUGAUAGCUACAAAUCGGUGGUUGUUGACAGGAACACCAACUCCUAAUACACCCAACAGUCAACUGUCUCAUCUUCAACCCAUGCUUAAGUUCCUUCAUGAGGAAGCUUAUGGACAGAACCAGAAAUCAUGGGAAGCUGGCAUUCUUAGACCAUUUGAAGCAGAGAUGGAAGAAGGUCGGUCAAGGUUACUCCAAUUACUUCAUAGGUGCAUGAUUAGUGCAAGGAAAGUGGAUUUGCAGACAAUUCCUCCUUGCAUUAAAAAGGUGACAUUUCUUAAUUUUACCGAGGAGCAUGCAAGAAGUUACAAUGAACUAGUUGUUACUGUGCGGCGUAAUAUAUUAAUGGCAGAUUGGAAUGAUCCAUCUCAUGUUGAGAGUUUGCUGAAUCCAAAGCAAUGGAAGUUUCGAAGUACUACUAUCAGAAAUGUGAGAUUAUCUUGCUGUGUUGCUGGACAUAUUAAAGUAACAGAUGCUGGACAAGAUAUUCAGGAAACCAUGGACAUUUUAGUUGAAAAUGGCUUGGAUCCUUCUUCGGAAGAGUAUGCUUUCAUAAAAUAUAAUCUCCUGUACGGUGGCAGUUGUAUGAGGUGCAAGGAAUGGUGCCGUUUACCUGUUAUUACACCAUGCAGGCAUCUUUUAUGCCUUGAUUGUGUUGCUUUGAACAGUGAAAGAUGUACUUCCCCUGGGUGUGAUAACUCAUAUGAAAUGCAGAGUCCUGAAAUACUAACCCGCCCAGAAAAUCCCAACCCAAAGUGGCCAGUUCCCAAAGAUCUCAUUGAGUUACAGCCAUCAUACAAGCAGGAUGACUGGGAUCCAGAUUGGCAAUCUACAUCCAGCAGUAAAGUUGCUUAUCUUGUUCAAAGAUUGAAAAAACUGCAGGAAGCUAAUAAAAUGGUUGGUUUCUGCAUUGAUGAGGAAAUUGAAGCCAAACAUUCUAAGGAGUUUCUCUGUACUGAUCAGAAAAGUGAUUCUUGUUCACUGUCACACCAGGAGGCCUUGUCCCCCCAAACCACUGUGUCUUGCAAGAUGCUUCCAGAUAAAGUUCUAAUAUUUUCUCAGUUUCUGGAGCACAUACAUGUCAUUGAACAGCAGUUAACUCUGGCUGGUAUCAAGUUUGCUGGGAUGUAUAGUCCUAUGCAUUCAAGCAACAAGAUAAAGUCGUUGGUGACUUUCCAGUAUGAUUCAAGUUGCAUGGCUCUUCUCAUGGACGGAAGUGCUGCAUUAGGUCUUGAUUUGAGUUUUGUAACACAUGUAUUUCUGAUGGAGCCAAUUUGGGACAGAAGCAUGGAGGAGCAAGUGAUUAGUCGUGCCCACCGUAUGGGAGCCACUCGUCCCAUUCAUGUGGAAACUCUGGCAAUGCAUGGUACUGUGGAGGAGCAAAUGGUGCGAUUCUUACAGUUGGAAGAUUCUAAUUAUUUUUCUGCAAUAAUAUUAGUUGUUACUACAAGGAUGCAAACGAGUGCAGGCAGUUCUUGAAGGAAGAGUUUGGAAAACCUGACCGUGACAGCUCAAGGCCACACCGUACAUUACAUGAUUUUGCUGAGAGCAAUUAUUUGGCUCACCUUGGUUUUGUGCACACCAGUUCUAGGACUUAAAGGGGUUGGACUGUGUCAUAGCUGCUGGUAUUUUUGUAUCAGAGCGUUGUACAGGUACAUAGAAAAUGAAAGCCACCAAGAUUUUCAGUAGCCAUUUCCCAUUUCUACUUGGGUCGGCUACAUGUAAACAGAUGUAAGAAAUGGCCUGAGUUGCUUCAUUUCACUAGCUGGAUGUGCAACUGAUUGUGCUCAAACAAGCCCCUUGAAAGAUUUUCAAGUCUCCGGAUCAAGCUCAGGCUGUCAAAUUGUUACAGUAUUCUAAUCCUUUGAUGGUGGUCCAAGUAAAGUUUUUGCUUCCUAAGUACAUUUAUGUUCAGAGUUGCUUUAUCGACGAUGUAGCGGCAAACAGAUGCACGUACGAUCAUUUUUUUUUUUUUAACUGCUGUGGUUCCUGGAAACCAGGUUCCCGAAAGAUGGCAUGUAUUCCAUUUAUUAAAUGUGAAGGCAAAUCGAUCAUUCUGAACAGCCCCGUUGAAAUGGGAAUUCCAAAGAAUAGCAAUUCAUAAGCAUAUUUGUUGUGGGUUGAAAGUUUUGCUGUUCAAAUGUAAUGAUUAUUUUUUAUUUGAAGUCUUGCUUAAAUUGUGAAAGGUUAUUGGACAAUUCUAGAAUAAUGUGUAGUUUGUGGACCAGUAGAAAAUAAGGAUAAAUUAGCUGUUUAAGUUACAGAUUUUAGGGAAGUAUGUUUUGUGCUUCAUGACUGUAUAUAUAGUUGUUCUUGAUGAAUGAAAGUGAAGUUUUUUGCCUCAUUUUCUGCUUACUUUCUUCUUUUUCAAUGUAUUCAAACUAGGAAAUGGUAAUAGAGCUGCCAAGUUUUUAAGAGGGAUCGUGAGAAAAAGAGAAAUAGAAGUCAACAAGUUUACCUUAACUGC